UUUGAGGGCAGCACCCAUGGCUCUGAAAAGAAUACAAAAGGAGCUUACUGAUUUGGGUAAAGACCCUCCAGCCCUUUGUAGUGCAGGUCCCGUCGGCGAUGACUUGUUUCAUUGGCAAGCAACCAUUAUGGGCCCGCAAGAGAGCGCAUAUCAGUCUGGCGUAUUCUUUCUUACAAUUCACUUCCCAACAGACUACCCCUUCAAGCCUCCAAAGGUGAGCUUUACAACGAAGAUAUAUCAUCCUAACAUCAAUAGUAAUGGAAGUAUAUGUUUAGACAUUCUUCGUUCGCAAUGGAGUCCAGCCUUAACCAUCUCCAAAGUUCUACUGUCGAUUUGUUCUCUCCUCACUGAUCCAAACCCCGAUGAUCCACUGGUCCCAGACAUUGCAAGGAUGUACAAAACAGACCUAAAGAAGUACAAGGAAGUCGCCCGGGAAUGGACCAAAAAGUACGCAACGUGACCGACCACACUCCUUCUUUAUCUUGGUCGGGUUAAAGACGUGAGAUCGCUGUUACUCGAUGUUGUCUAUGGAUCUUACUACAUAUACUCUUGCGUUUUUUACUUUUCUGUGCUGUGCUUGGACUCCUCCCUAAUACAAAUUGUAUGGACUCUUCCUAGGUUGCUUGGCAACGGGUGUUUUCUUGAAAAGCUUUACACAUCGAGUAAAGUGGACCCCUUUUGUAGAUAGCUUUCGGCCCAGGCCGAGUUUUGUGUACGAUUUUAAUCGUGGGAAUUACCACACCAAAUCCGGAUUUUGACUUUUGGCUUAUUUUCUUGUGAGAGCACUUUAGCUUCGCUAACUUCAAAAACGGACAAAUUGAUGAUGAAUUUUCGUAGUUUCAGUGGUUAUUUUCGUAUACCUUACUUGGCCUAUGCGAAAGGAUUAUAAUAAAUGUGGGUUACUUUUGGGCUACUUGGUUGGUGUGCAGUUAACUUUUAUCUCGAUAUAAAUAUGAAUAUAAUAUACAAUAGGCAUCCAUGAUUUGGUCUUGAUGAAUGCUGUCCCUCAAAUUAGUGUUAUAUUUUGUUAUUGUUCACUUUGAUUAUCAAAAUAAAUUGAUUUACAAUA